AUGGAGACGAGUGCACUGGGCCACUCACCUGCCGCAGUGCUGCGGCCGAAGGCAGCACGCGCCUCCGAGGGCCCCAGCUUCGGGGGGCGCUCUGCUGUGCAGCCGGGUUGCAGACACAGAGACACGGUUUUCUCCGGGCGUCUCUCGCGUCAGCACCCCUGCACUGCCCAGACGAGCUUGGGAGCGACGAAAGCUGGCGGCCGACCGGCGGGUACACCUGGGCGACGGAGCCGAUGGGGCAUGACAGACCAGCGACGCGAGGUGUGGAACAAGCGGUUCGCGGCACGAAUCCGAUACUAUCUGCAGGACUACUUUGCGCGAAGAGGCGCCGAGGUUUUCGCGCGAGGCCGAGGGUCCUUCAUGGCACCCCGCUCGUACAACCGUCUUCGGCGAGGAGCGCGAGAGCCUGAAGACUCCGUCGACUCCGAGUACGACGUCUUGUUUGCGCAACGCGAAGCGCAGGCGCUCGACCGGGAAUGGAGAGACGCGCAGGGUGACGAGGAGAUGUUUUCCGCUUUUCCGCAGCAGGACGGGCAGACCGUCACCUCGAACUCCCUGCAGCCUGCAGUAGAUGGGCGCGUCCCGGAAGCCUCCUCAGGGCAUGGAGGCCGCGGCAGCGACACGAGGGGCGCUUGUGAAUCGCCGAAAAGUUUCGUCGACGCGGCUUUUCAGAGACCACUAGGCGGUAGUGGGCGCCUCGCGGCCGUGCACGCCCCCCCGACACACGCGACCGACGCCGCGCCUACCACUAUCGCCUCGCAGGGAGAAGGGCACGGACUGGGCGCUGAAGGAGAGGAAUGGAUUGCAGACGAGAGCACCGGCUACGACUUUGCGCGCGUUGACAGCGUGGAUGGAUACCUGAAGUGCUGCGUCGAUGUCGGCGACGUGCUGCUCAAUCAAAAUGCCUCCGUCGCCAAAGUGUACGUUUCCGUCGACGGCGACGACCACGUCCAGAGGCUUGUGAGUGCCACCAGAAAUCUGCGUUUUCCACCGUUCGUGGCACCAACCGAUUUCCUCGAGAACGUCGAGCAGCUGCAGAUGGCGCUCGUGGAUUGUCCUGUGUCUGCUUCGUUCGCGCCGCGCCUCGAGACCUGGUUGGCGGGAAUGAAACUGCCUUUAUCGCAAAGCGCCUGA